CGGGAGGCGGGGCAGGGUGUGUUCCCGCGAGCUGCUCAGGCCGCGGCCGCCUUCUUCACCGUCUCCUCGCUCUGGUUUUCGCUACCCGCCUGCCGCAUCAGCAUGGGUCCCGCGCCGCGUACCCUGGAGCUCUUCUACGACGUGCUGUCCCCCUACUCCUGGCUGGGCUUCGAGGUCCUGUGCAGAUAUCAGCACAUCUGGAACGUCAAGCUGCAGUUGCGGCCCUCCUAUAUUGCAGGAAUCAUGAGAGACAGUGGAAACAAGCCGCCAUCCUUGCUCCCUCGCAAAGCCCAGUACAUGAUAAAGGACCUUAUACGCCUGAAGCAGCAUUUCCAGGUCCCCCUCAGAUACCCCAAGGACUUCAACGCUACGAUUCUGCAAAAAGGAAGUCUGUCCGCCAUGCGGUUCCUCACUGCUGUCAACAUGGAGCACCCGGAGAGACUGGAACAGGUGUCCAGGGAGCUGUGGAUGCGCAUCUGGUCUCGGGAUGAAGACAUUGUGGAGCCACAGAGCAUCUUGGCCGCAGCGCAGAAGGCUGGUUUAUCUGCAGAGAAAGCCCAAGGCCUUCUAGAGAAGAGCUCCACAGAGCAAGUGAAGAAUCAGCUCAAGGAGACCACAGAGGCAGCCUGCAAAUAUGAGGCCUUCGGGUUGCCCCUCACGGUGGCUCAUGUGGACGGCCACACGCACGUGCUCUUUGGCUCUGACCGCAUGGAACUGCUGGCGCACCUGCUGGGAGAGAAGUGGAUGGGCCCCGCACCGCCAGCCCUGAGUGCCAGACUUUAAGACUGGAAGAAGCAAGCUGUGGGUAUGAACAGGCAGGCCACCUGCUCCAGGAUGCUUCAUCUGUCUGUUUGAUAGGGAGUAUCUUCUUUGACCCCAGGGGCUGCCUCUUGGCUGUCUCCAGGAAUGCCCAGUAAGGGAUCUACCAUUAAAUUUGGUUGCCUUUAUACCUAAGCUUCACAAAUGCCUUAUGGAGAAACCCAAAUUCUUCUUUUCCAUGUAAUAAAUCUAAGGCCAUUUAGCCAAAACA